AUGGUGUCUGCUUCCAAAGCUGCUCGUAUGGCCAAGCGUGCCGAUGAGAAGAAGACAAAGGGUUCCAAGUCGAAGAAGGGUGACGAGACCCCCUUGGUCGAGGCCGAGGGCGAUGUCCUCCCUACCGAUGAUCAGCCCGCCACCAAUGCGGCGAAGAUGAAGGAGGUUGAGAAGCUGACGGCACAGAUGGAUAAGCAUGGUCUGUCAGACCGUGUCACUACCGGUGUGCUGUCGUCGAUGGCUUCCUCCCGCGACGUUAAGGUCACUUCCGCCUCCCUCGUGUUCCACGGCAAGGUCCUUAUCACCGAUUCGACUCUCGAACUCAACUUCGGUCGUCGUUAUGGUUUGCUCGGUGAGAACGGCUGUGGCAAGUCGACUCUGCUCAAGGCCAUUGCUUCUCGCGAGUACCCUAUUCCCGAGCAUAUCGAUAUCUACCUUCUGAACGAGGGUGCUCCUCCCAGCGAGCUCGGUGCUUUGGAAUGGGUUGUCAAGGAGGCUGAGAACCAGCUGGCACGUAUGGAGAAGCAGGCGGAAGAGAUUCUGGAGGAAGAUGGCCCUGAGAGCCCUAUUCUGGAGGAUCUUUACGAUCGUAUGGACAAAAUGGACCCAUCCACCUUCCAUACCCGUGCCUCCCUGAUCUUGACCGGUCUGGGUUUCAACAAGACAACCAUCCAGAAGAAGACCAAGGAUAUGUCCGGUGGUUGGCGUAUGCGUGUGGCUCUCGCCAAGGCCCUCUUCGUCAAGCCCUCUCUGCUCUUGCUCGACGAUCCCACUGCCCAUUUGGAUCUGGAGGCCUGUGUGUGGCUGGAAGAGUACCUGAAGAAGUGGGAGCGCACCCUGAUCCUGGUCUCUCACUCGGAGGAUUUCCUGAACGGUGUCUGCACGAACAUGAUUGACAUGCGCAUGAAGCAACUCCUCUACUACGGUGGUAACUACGACUCGUACCACAAGACCCGUAGCGAACAGGAGACCAACCAGAUGAAGGCCUACAACAAGCAGCAGGAGGAAAUCGCUCACAUCAAGAAGUUCAUCGCCUCCGCCGGUACCUACGCCAACCUGGUCAGACAGGCCAAGUCCCGCCAGAAGAUUCUCGACAAGAUGGAGGCGGACGGAUUCAUCCAACCCGUCAUUCCCGAUCGGGUCUUCUCGUUCCGCUUCGCGGAUGUUGAGAAGCUUCCUCCCCCGGUCCUGUCCUUCGACGACGUCUCCUUCUCCUACUCUGGCAAGUGGGAAGAUACUCUGUAUGAGCACCUGGAUCUGGGUGUCGACAUGGACUCGAGAACCGCCCUGGUCGGACCCAACGGUGUUGGCAAGUCCACUCUGCUGCGCCUCAUGACCGGAAAGCUCCAGCCCAUCGGCGGUCGCGUCAGUCGUCACACUCACCUGAAGCUCGGCAUUUACAGCCAGCACUCCGCCGAACAGCUGGAUCUGACCAAGUCUUCCCUGGAAUUCGUUCGCGACAAAUUCCCCGAAAAGAGUCAGGACUACCAGUACUGGCGUCAGCAGCUCGGUCGCUAUGGUCUGAGCGGUGAAUCCCAGACUGCCCUGAUGGGCACCCUGUCUGAAGGUCAGAAGAGUCGUAUCGUCUUCGCUCUGCUGGCCAUCGAGUCCCCCAACAUGAUCCUGCUCGACGAGCCUACCAACGGUCUCGAUAUCCCCACCAUCGACAGUUUGGCCGACGCGAUCAACGCCUACACCGGUGGUGUCGUUGUGGUAUCUCACGACUUCCGACUGCUCGACAAGAUCGCCAAGGAUAUUCUGGUCUGCGAGAACAAGACCGUCACGCGCUGGGACGGCAGCAUCGGCGAGUACAAGAACCAUCUGCGCAAGAAGAUGGUUGACGCGGGCAUGGUCUAA